AUGGAAUCUUCUGCUCAAAGUAAAGGCAAAUACGAAACCCUUCUGGUCACCACAGAGGACAAGAUCACAAAGAUAAUCUUGAAUCGCCCAGACCAAAAAAAUGCUAUCAACCUUGUGAUGUGUGGUGAAAUUAUGCGAGCACUUGAAGAAGCUGCCAAGGAUGAUUCCACAUUGACUGUAAUAACAGGACGCGGCGAUUACUACUGUAGUGGGAACGAUCUUAACAAUUUUGCCGAAAACUUGCAAGAGGUUCUGAAAAAUGGUGGAGAGCAGCUGAAGAACUUUGUCAGCCACUUCAUUGACUUCCCUAAGCCACUAGUAGCAGUGGUCAACGGCCCUGCUCUUGGUAUCGCCGUCACUCUUCUCGGGCUGUUUGACUUGGUGUUUGCGUCGGACAAGGUGGUGUUUCAGACCCCUUUCAGCCUACUUGGACAGACUCCAGAAGGCUGCUCAACUUACACCUUUCCUAAGAUAAUGGGCCCCAUAAAGGCAAAUGAGAUGCUCCUUUUUAACAAGAGGAUCACUGCUAAUGAAGCACAAGCCCAAGGACUCUUGACGGAGGUUUUCGCUGACAGUACUUUUCAGGAAGAAGUUUGGAUAAGGCUGAAAGCAUAUGCUAAUCUUCCUAGAAAUUCUCUAGCCCUCUCCAAACAGCUAAUAAGAAGUGUGGAAAAGGAAAAACUGCAUGCAGUCAAUUCACGGGAGUGUGACCAGCUUGUGGAAAGAUGCUUCUCAGACGAGUGCAUGAAUGCCAUAACAAGCUUCUUCCAGAAGAAGUCAAAAUUAUAA